UUUUGUUGCACUGGAGAAGGUAAGCACUAAACCCAGUUUGUGGAACACUGUUUUUUCUUUAUAAUGAGCUGAUUAAAUUUACUUUUUAAUAUCUCAAAGCACAGGACGUUUUGAUUAAAUAGUCAAUAUUUCUACCAGAGGUAAACCGUCUCCUUCCUACUUCAUACAGCUUUUUAUUUCUAGAAAUGAAUUCAUGUUGAUGACUCCUUUUUAGAUUUAUGCAGCUUUUCAGAUGGGUUUGAGUUGUACUUUGGGUUUGUUCAUGUGUCUCUGAUCCAGAUCACUGACAAUGUAAUACAUUUCAGCUAACAAUCUUUAGUAUAUAAAAGUAGGAAAAACAGAUAACAAUACAGACCCAAGCUCUGGAAUGUGGGUGUCAGUUAGAGUGGCCCCAAAAGGGGGGUAGGGCGAUGGGAGUUUGUCCCAACUAACUGGAGUGAAGAAAAUCCUCUGAAUGGCUGAAUUGGACUUGUGCCCUGCAGUGACAGAAAACACACUGAUUUUCCCUUGAAGAAGAGAAGAGUCUAUCAAAGUCACCUACGAGUUUCUACCCAGUGAUUCUCUGUGGAGAAGGAACACUGAAAGGGGGCAGAAGCCUUUGGUAGCUUAAUCUGCAACCGUCAGCUUGCAACAGUGAAAUAAACUUGAAUGGCACAAGUUGAUUGGAUGGACAAGCACAGUUUUUCACUGUAAAAUUCAAAAACUCAUGUUUUCAGGGUUUCCCUCAAAAUCUAAUCAGAAUGAGGAUGCUGAAGAGAGCCUCUGCAAUCAUCCUGAGAAGAGGAAUUACAAUUUAUCAGAGCAGAGUGGGCAGAAAUGCCUUUUCAGGGUUCAUCCAUCUGUAUCACAGGCACUGGCAGAAAACAAACCAGUGGUCGCACUCGAGAGCACUAUUAUCACACAUGGCAUGCCCUAUCCACACAACCUGAGCACAGCGAAGGAGGUGGAGGCCAUUGUGAGAGCUGAAGGAGCCACUCCAGCCACUGUUGGAGUGAUUGAGGGUGAAGUCCAUGUUGGUCUGUCAGCAGAGGAGCUUGACCACCUCGCCCGUUGCAAGAGCUCCCUGAAGGUGUCCCGCCGUGAUCUGCCAUAUGUCAUCAGCAAAGGGCUCUCCGGGGGAACGACAGUGUCAGCCACUAUGAUAGCAGCACAUCAAGCUGGCGUCCCUGUGUUUGUCACAGGAGGCAUUGGAGGAGUUCAUAGAGAUGGAGAGAACAGUCUGGACAUCAGUGCAGAUCUGACGGAGCUCGGGAGGACUCCCAUUGCAGUGAUCUCUGCUGGCGUCAAGUCUAUUCUGGACAUUGGUCGCACCCUCGAGUUCCUUGAGACGCAAGGAGUCUGCGUAGCCACUUAUGGAGCGAUGAAGAACUUCCCAGCCUUCUUCUCUCCACAAAGUGGAUUCACUUCUCCAUACCAAAUCUGUAACCCUGAGGAGGCUGCAAAACUCAUUGCAAGCACUCUGACACUGGGUCUCCAAAGUGGUGUCCUGUUAGCAGUGCCCAUACCAGAGGAGCACGCAGCAGCCGGCCAGCAGAUAGAGGAAGCCAUACAGGCUGCAGUAACAGAGGCAAGUGCUAAAGGUAUAACAGGAAGAAAUGUGACUCCGUUCAUUCUUCAAAAGGUUAAUGAGCUGACUAAAGGAAAGUCCCUUCAGGCCAACAUUGCUCUCAUUCAUAACAAUGCUAAAGUUGGCAGUCAGAUAGCUUGUGCGCUGUCAAAACAAAUGCAUGAGAGAAAGUUAAAGGGUAAGACUCAUCAUCAUGAAAAACACUCAUCAGACUCAGAAUCAGACAUUGUUGUCAUAGGGGGAAUAAAUGUUGAUUUUAUUGCUAAAGGAAAAACAAAAGCACUUCAUUUCGGACAGACCAACCCAGGAAGUGUCUGUCAGUCAUUUGGUGGUGUAGGCCGGAACAUUGCUGACUCUCUGAGUCGAUUAGGCCGUAGACCCCUGUUCAUCUCAGCUAUUGGAACUGAUUCACACAGUGAUGCAGUGUUAAACUAUUGUAAACAUAUGAACACAAGUGGUGUGGCCCGACUAGAAAAGCAAAGCACAGCUACUUACUGUGCCGUUAUCACUGAGAGUGGAGAACUGAGUCUUGGAUUGGGAGACAUGGACAUCCAUCAGCAAAUCACAGAGCAGCAUGUGUCACAGUUUGAGAAGCAGCUUUCAUCAGCCAUUCUUGUGUGUCUCGAUGGAAACAUACCUGUCUCCACCAUCGACUACGUUUGUUCCAUAGCCACUAAACACAACAUCAGUGUUUGGUAUGAGCCAACAGAUUCAGAAAAGGCUUGUAAGCCUUUCCUUUCAGAUGCCUGGAAGUCUCUGUCCUAUGCAUCCCCAAACCUGGCAGAGUUGUGCACCAUGAACAAAACACUGGGUGUUCCAACACCUGAAGUGCUGCCAAGCUCUUUUGACGACAUACUGAGUGUUGGUGUAGCUCUCGCACGCCCCCUUCUGGAGCAUCUUCAUUGUCUGGUGGUGACUCUGGGGGCUGAAGGGGUGUUGGUGUGUGGAGAGCAUGAUGCAGGCUCGGUCAACCUGCAGCCAAGAAAAGAGAAGAGGAGGAGGCAGCUUUGUGCUCUCCAUUAUCCAGCAAUUACUGUGACAGCAGAAGAGACAAUGAAUGUGUCAGGAGCAGGAGAUAGUCUUGCAGGUGCCUUAAUGGCUGGGAUUCUUCAGCGGCGAGACACAGACAGCUGUGUUCGGAUGGGGCUCAUGGCUGCACGGCUGUCCCUGGCGUCAUCGCACCCCAUCGCCCCCACGCUCACCUUAGCCUCUGUGGAUCCCAUCAAAGUCCAGAGUCAGUUCUGGCCCAAACCCAGCUUCAUGUGGAUAGAUUAAAAAUAUUUUCAAUUUUGAAAAAUUACUUCAGGUCAAUUGUGAUUAGAUUCUUGCAUGUAACUAAUACGAAGUGACUAGUACAAAGUACGAAGAUGACACAUUUUACAAAAAAAACCCAUGAAAUCCUAAUUAUAUUUGAUAUUUUAAAUUGUUCUGUAAUAACUGAUAUCUUGCAAAUAAAAAUAAAUGAACCAUUUUUUCUAAUCUUUGCUUGAGACAGCUAAAUCUUUGUAAAUAAAUUUUGAAACAUUAUAACAAGGUAC